AUGCAAAAUUUUGAAGCUCUUAAAAAGCCAUGCAAACCUGGCGAAGUUUUCAGCCCCCCGCGCUCACCAAAGCCAGAAAACACCUCAUUAAUCCUCACCCCUGAAUUUUCUCAGCCUUCCCCAUCUGCUUAUGCAUCUCACAGACGAGCUUACAGUAGAGAAUCUCCACAAGGCCAAAAGGGCUUAAUAGAACACUUUGCAAAAGAAAACAAAAGACUAGCCCAGCGCAUUAUGCAGCUUGAACAAAUCCAAGAAGAUAUCCUAUUUUCCUCCGCCUUAAUUUCCCUUAUUUAUUUUCAACAAAAAAAAUUAUAUUUACUAUAAAAAAUUUAUAUAUUAACUGAGCAUCAGAAACUGUUACAUCAAUAUAACGACGAACUAAAACAAAAAAUUAUUAAAUGAGAAGGCACAAUCAAAGAAAAAGAUAAAUAUAUCAAAGAAUUAGAACGUGAAAUAGAAAACUUGCAUAGAGAAAAUGACUCUUUAAAAGGCUCUCCUUCGAAAUACAAAAUUUACAAAGCUGAUAGAAUUUUGGAAUGCGAGCAGGUCCUUGUUAGAAAUGGCUUUAUAUCAUUUGAUGGGAACAUUUUCCUGUGAUAUAAUUUAAUUUUUUUUAGAGAAAUUCCUCAUGAGGAAAAUGUUACGACCAAAAUUCCUAGUAAAAAUUUCAUGGAUGUGUUAGAAAUUUAGAGAAUUUAUCAAGAAUUACAGAAGAUAAUGCAGAAAUUGAUGGGUUUAUAGCGGAUGAACUUUUUGCAUUAGAGCAAGAAGAAUAUGCUGGACAAGGGGAAGAAGGAUAUGAAGUAAGUGCAAUACAAGAAGAAGGAAGAGUAAUGUCUUUAGGACAAACUGAAGUAGAACCUGCUUGUAUGCUGGAGAGCUUUGAAAACACAAUUGAGUUUAAAAAUAGCAAGUUUAUGUCUUCACUUACCAGUGUUCAGCUUGAAGAUAUUGAUAUCCCUUAUAUUGGCUAUCCAAUGUCUCCACAAAGUGCAGAAAUUAUGCUACUGCAUAAAAUAAGGGAUAAAGAUGAAGAAAUUGCGAGGCAUAAAGAAUUUAUAAAGAAAUUGAAAAACUCUUUAGAAAGCAUGCUACAAGAACACACUAAGUCAAGGAUAGAAAUGGUAAAAAACAAGCAAGAAAUACAAGAACUUACUCAGUGAGCAAGCAAAAUCAUUGGAAAAUGUCUAUUUUUUUAGGAAAAAGCCAUAUUCCUUAAGCCAGUAAAAAUUAUUUUAAUAAAAUUUUAUGCAUUCUAAACAUAAUUUUGCAUAUUUAAUUUAUUUUUAUUUUCAAUUUUUUACAUAUGGGAUAUUUUUAAAUUUAAUAUAAAAAUUAAGUAGAAUUUUUUUUUCUUGCUCAGGGAAGGAGCGUUAGAGAAAAGUUAGGUUUAACUAUGCCUAGAGAAAAUAAUUGUAAAGAUUAA